AUGGCCAAACCGCAGCGUAUGUGGGAGACUAAGGUGCUGUCAGAUCUGCAUGACCACUGCGUCUGGCAGAAGAGGGCUGGGGUGCUCAUCGCCGAUGACGGCAGCGAAGUGCUCCUGGUCCCCCUCAGAGGCGAGGGCAGCGAGCAGGUGCUCGCGGGCUUCCACACCAUCAUGGCGGCAGGGGACGUGCUGGGGGGCUGCCUGGCUUCUGGCCGGCUUCCGCUCGUAUUUGACCUGGACGAGACGCUGCUCGUGGCCAAGAGCCAGAGCCAGCUGCAGCGUGAGCUGGCCGAGCUCCGCGACGUCAGGCGCCCGGCGCUGACUCAGCAGCCCAGUUCAAACGACAGGGCGCUGGGCCUGGCCGCGCUGCGGCGCGAGGAGGAGCUGCUGGCGGCCGACCUCUCCCUCCUCCAGCAGUUUGCGGAGCACGACGCGGUGGAGUGGGGCGGGGCGCGCCUGGCCGCAACCCUGGAGCCGGCUGCGGGCCCGGCGCUGCAGCCACUGCACCGCCCCGUCGUGCGCCUGCGCCGCGACGGCGCCUCCGUCGUGCUCACGCGCAUCGACCCCGCCCUGCCCGCCACCUCCAUGAUCUUCCACGUGCGGCCGGGGUGGGAGGCGGCGCGCCCUGCGCUGGCGGCCGCCGCCUCCCACGACGUCUACGUGUGCACCGCCGCCCGGCAGGACUACGCGCUGGAGGCCUGGCGGGUGCUGGACCCGGGCGAGCACCUCAUGUCCCUGCAGCAGCGCGCGGCGCGCAUCACCUGCGUGCAGCGCAAGAACCUGGCCAAGGUGGUGGUCAAGUACAAGGGGGCGGGGGGCAGCGUGCACAGCGUCAUGCCCCUCACCGUCAUCGUCGACGAUAGGCUGGACGUGUGGGACGUGGCCAAUCGAGGCCAGGUGGUCCAGAUCGAGCCCUUCAGACCGUACGAGGAGCGGGCGGCGGCAGAGCUGGGCCUGCCGGACCGGCCCACGCUGCAGACGCUGGACGCCCAGAUGCAGUGGCUGCAGGGGGAGAUCGCGCGCCUGCAUGCCGCCAUCUUCUCCCACAUCGAUGACGUCGCAAGGCCGGCGGCGGAGCGGCUCAUGUCGGGCGCGCGGCGCCUGAAGGUGGACGCCCUGGCGAGGGACUACGCCGAUGCCAUGCCCACGCCCACCUGGACAGAGGACUGCGUACAGAAAGCUCCGCGGCUGCUGGGCCUGGCCCCGGACCCCCGCUCGGCGUCUGGCACGGCCCUGGUGCCCCAGGACCCACGGCGUGCAGCGCGGCAGGGUGCCGAGGGCGCGGCCUCGGGCUCCACGGACGAGAUGGGGCUGUUCAAGGUGAGGCUGGUGGUGAACCAGGGCGAGUUCGUGGCGGAGGCCACCUCCGACGUCACCGAGAAGCUGGCCAAGCAGCUCGCGGCGCUCCAGCCUCCCAAGCUGGCACCCUGUCCUUGCUGCCCCGCACUCCUUGUGGUUGUCAGAAAGGCAUGCAUGAUCACAGAGGAGGGCGACGGCACGGCGAGUUUCGGCGGGUGA